AUGCUCUAACAGAACUCGCAAAUUUUCAUAUCGUUCCAUCGUAUGAACUGCGUGCGGUAUAGGUACAGAUGGAUAUUUGUUACCGCAGGAACAGGAACACCAAGUUCCUAAGCGAACCCACCACCUCCCCGGUCCAGGUACCCUCACUCUUUCCGGCCCCAGUGGCGGUACGUGGACUGGACGCUCCUGCAACUUGUUCGCAUGGCAAGCAAGUUAAAUAUUGAUGCAGUUAUUUUGUAAAAAGUCUGUGAGACUUGGCGCCACUACUCGCGUAACUGUUUUUGUGCUUUAUUGAAAUUUGAGUGUUUUGUAUUUUGAAAUGAGUUGGGAAGCAGAGCAAAAUAGAUUGCAGGCCCUAUGGGAUGAAGUUCAACUUGAAGAAAAUCCAGAUGAUGAGGACUUAGAACGCGGAUGAGGACGUCACUGAAACAAGAGACACCGAUAGCGAGUCAGAGCAAGAAUAUAAAGAUGAGGUCAUUUCUCUUCAAACUGCAGAAAUUCCAGGAGCUCAUCAUUUUCACAAGAUGGAUAAAACGC